ACACCUCUGGGGCGGAGCGCUGCCUCCCCCGGGCAGCCUUCAUCCUCCCUUCUCCUCCCCUUCUCCCAGCUCCGUGAAAUGGCGGCCCCGGCAGAGCCGUGCGGCCUCAGCGAUGAGGCAGCCUAUGGCGCCUGCUCCGAGCCGGAUCCCAGCACCAAGGACUUUUUGUUUCAGCAGACAAUGUUAAGAGUAAAGGAUCCGAAGAAGUCGCUGGAUUUUUAUACAAGAAUUCUUGGAAUGACACUGCUUCAAAAAUUUGACUUCCCUACUAUGAAGUUCUCGCUGUUUUUCCUGGGGUACGAGGAUAAAAAUGAUAUCCCAAAAGAUAAAACUGAGAGAACACCUUGGACCUUCUCUAGAAAAGCUACACUUGAACUGACACACAACUGGGGCACUGAAAAUGAUGAAAAUCAGUCCUAUCACAAUGGUAAUUCGGAUCCUCGAGGAUUUGGGCACAUUGGAAUUGCUGUCCCUGAUGUCAAUAAAGCUUGUAAGAGGUUUGAAGAACUAGGAGUGAAAUUUGUGAAGAAACCAGAUGAUGGUAAAAUGAAAGGACUUGCAUUUGUUCAAGAUCCUGAUGGCUACUGGAUUGAAAUUCUGAACCCUAAACACAUGGUGACUCUCACUUAAAUGCACAUUUUCAGUUCCCUGGAGAAAAUCUACAACAGCAUUUGUGGAAUUUUUCACUUAAUGGAGAGAAAUCAACUAUGUUCAGAGUCUACUCUAAAACUGUCCCCUGGGACCUCAAUGUACUUGAAUUCCCUUUUGUUUUCCUGUGAUGCCCCUGCAAUUUGCUUCCAACUAGGAAUCCUCAACUGUCUUUUAGAGGAGCACUGAUAUGUACUCUGCUCGUGAACAUUGAUUAUGUUAAUAUUUAACUAAACACUCUCAUAAGAUAGAUUACCAGAAAUUCACCUCACUUUACAGUUUUUAGAUUUGAACUAAAAGCAAAAAAAAAAUAAUAAUCCUGCAUUACUGCUGGUGGUCUUCAACAAGGAGAGAAAGAAACUUUAAUAAAUUUGUUUGAUGAAGUCAAAGGCUUCAUACCCUAUCUUGUAUGGUAGAAAAUAAAGUAUCUAACUUCUUGCUUUAGUAGUAGCAUGUUUAUGAAAGUCUUAAUCGUACAUUAUGCCAAGGAAAAGUCUUUAACCACCGUUAAGCAGCCUUGCCUGGAACAAGAAACUUUGUAGAUUAGUCCACCAGAAAGAAUUCUGUAUUUAAACUUCCUGGCUGCUGACUGGGAGACAUCAUAAGAGAUCUCCACAGUGGUCCUUGUAGUGUCUUAACACUAGAAGGAACUUGCUCAUAGUUUUUGUUUUGAUGCAAGUCUGGGGCUAUAUUCUUUUUACAUGCUGUAUAUAGUCCUUUAUUAGGACUGCAAUGAAGAAGAGUACUUGAAAUGGCUUCCUAUAAGUAGGCAUUUUGAUUGUUCUCUUUAACUGAGUGACGGUGACUGAAAUUAUACUUGUAAAUGCUACAUUUUCCUGCUAUUUAUAUCUGUUACACAAAUCAUUUCCCUUUACACUGUUCACCUGGUAUGAGUAGUGUAAAACAUACCAAGCUUUGAAAUCCUGAUAACAAAACCAAGAAAAUCUCUGCAUUUACUGUGGUUCAAGUAGCACUUAACUCCUACUCAGUCUUCAACUGUGCAAUGGCAUUGCCAUUCACUUCCAACUAUAAAGCAUUGAUGAAAAUUACAAAACUAAUUUUAAAGCAGUAUGACAAGUUACUUUGGUAGUUGUUGAAUCCUAGGUAAACAAAAAGCUAUUUGUUUCAGUUUAUGGAUUUUUUUUUUUUUGGGGGGGGGGGAAGAAACUUGGUCAUAAAAGAAUAAGUGGGAAUACAGCAAUGAAAGUAACUGUAUGACUUGAUUAGCAGGAUAAUGGCAAUGUGCAGAGUUGUUGAUAACUUAUUCAAUAAUUCCCUGACCUUUCAGUUAAAAAGUAUAGGAGGUACUGCAUUUGAUUUCUACUAUGCUAAUCUAGAUAUUAAUGACAAACGUUAAGCGUUAUUGUCCAAGAGUAGUCUACAAUAUUUUGUUUACCUUUGGAAAUGAGUAAAAAACAUUAUGUGCUUCAUCUGAGUUUUAAUAGCUGUUGGAAAAGAGAAUGGGAAAUGCAUUGCCCUGUUUACUGUCCCCUACAGAUGUACAAAAAAAACCACAAAUAUAUUGGAAAGUAGACAGCAACUCUAUAAAGAUGUUUCCUAUAUUUUAUAAAGCAACCCUAAUACUU